AUGGAAACCCUCGGGCGCGUUUUUCUCCUCGGUCUCCUCGCCGCAGUCCAUUACCCGCUACAGCUGCUGGAGGGGAGCGACUCACGAAGUCAGGAGGCGAUGCAUACAGCAGCAGUCAUGGACCCAGAUGGGCUGGCAGCAGCAUCUGAAGACAUGUCCUCGGCGGUGUCACCACCCCGAGGCGAGAGCAGCAAGGUCUCGUCCUCGGGUGAUGAUGCCACUGGAACAACAUCACAGCCGCCGCCGCCGCCGCCGCCGCCGCCGCCCGCGCUCGUAUACCACCUCACCAAGAAAGCCGGCAUCCAAACGCGGCACCUGGUGGUGUACAACACGGGGCCGGUCGUGGGCGUGGACGAGGUGACGCUGCGCCGGGUGUUUGAGGCCUACGGAGAGGUGGAGCGCGUCUACUGCCCCAAUCCCGCCGCAGCCAGGGUGUUGAUCUCCUUCCAUGAGGUGUCGUCCGCGGCGAGGGCGAGAGCUGAACGGAAUCGCCCCCCAGAGAUCGAGGAGCGCGUGAGAGUCGGGGUGCCGGGGGCAGCCGCAGCGAGCGAUGUGUUCGCUCCCACUCCGGGGGAGCCCUGCCCGCUGCUGGGCCGAUGGCUCAAGGCGGGUUCGUCACAACGGCGGCGGCGGCGGCUCCAGGGGAAGCUCCCCGCCGCCACCCGNNNCCUGUCGGGCUUCAAGGCCUUUGAUGCGCUCGCGGCGGGGGGGACGGCCUCCUGUGACGCUCGACCUACGCCUUGCCCCCUCUGCGGGCGCACCUGCGGUGGGCAGAGGGGACUGCGCAUGCACCUGGUCGGAGCCCACCCCCUAGAGGUCAAAGACCGCAACCACUUCGUGCAGCUCCUGCAGAGGGGGAGCGCCUCACUGCCCCCGAUGGAGGCACCGGGAACCGACCUGGCAACAAGAAGAAACGGCCAUAACGGAAUCGGGCAGGGGACGGAGGAAGGCGGUGGCGCACCGGCCGUAGGCGGCGGAGCCGCGGCGAAGGGGCGGGCGGCGGCCGCGCUCCUCCCCGGUUUCGCGGCGGCCCGUGCCGGCGACCUGGGGGCGCUCAAGAGGCUGGUCGAGGAAGAGGGGUGGGCACCCAAGACCGCGUUGGACAAGAACGGGUCGAGCCCUCUGGACUGGGCGGCGGGAGAGGGGAGGCUCGAAGUUUGCAGGACCUCGCUUCAUUGGGCGGCUAGGGGAGGCCACGAAGAGGUAUGCCGCCUUCUUUUGGAAACCCCACGCCCCGUCGAUGCUGCAGCUGCAGUCUCCGUCGUCGGGGGUGGUGACGGAACUCUCGUGUCCCCGGGCGGGGACAGAACGUUCGUGUCCCCGGACGUUACCGCCGCCGAGGGGACAACCCCGCUCCACUGGGCUUGCUGGGGGGCGCACCUGGCCACGUGCCGCCUGCUCUUCGAGCGCGGCGCCGAUCACCGGAGCGUGAACGCCUACGGGUGCAACGUGGCGCACUGGUGCGGCCUGUCGGGGGACGUGGAUGUCUGCAGGUGGCUGUCCAGGAGGGUGGAAGAAGGGGGGCCCGGAGGACUGGACUGGGCCAAGACAAACCUCCAGGGCCACACCAUCUGUCACAAGGCGGCCCUCAAGGGGCACCGCGACCUGCUGGAGUGGCUCGCGGAGCAAACCACCUCCUCCGCGGCGGGGGGGGGGGGGGGGCCGAGACGCGCGUGGGAGAAGGACGAGGGGGGUUACACUCCAGAGGACGUCGCCAGGCUCGCGGGCCACGUCGACCUUGCGGACUGGAUAGCCGGGGCCGGGGUCAUGUCGUCCACCGAUGAGACUUCGUGACCUCUUUUUGACAGAACAAGCGUUUGUGGCGCAGAAACCUUGCGGACUGGAUAACCGAUGCCGGAGUCAUAUCGUCCAUCGUGACCCCUUUUUGAUAGAAAAAGCGUAUGUAGCGCAGAAACCUUGAGGACUGGAUGACCGAUGCCGGAGUAUAUCGUCCAUCGUGACCUAUUUUUAAUAAAAAAAGCGUAUGUAGCGCACAACCCUCGAAGACUGGAUAACCGAUGCCGGGGUCACAUCUUCCAUCGAGGCUUCUUGAUCCAAUAAGUCCCACGCGUACGUAGGUACCGCAAAAGAGUUGUGGUAGAUGUUGGGUGGUGGACCUCUCAUUAGUACCAUAAGUGAAGUUCUUCAAUUAAUUGUUUCUUGAUCCUGAGUUUCUUGAUUCCCAGAAUGUUAAGUUUGUCGUGGCGUGCACUGUUGCACGUAUCAUCAGCAUUCGCCAAAGCUCAUUUCUUUUUUCAUCAUCACCUCCCCCUCACCUCCCCGGACCUUUAGCCAACCAAAACUCCACCCAAAUAAACCAUUUGCUCAAGAAUCUCGAGCAAAUUACGCACACCCCACCUUCGACGGCUACACCACCUUCGACGACCAUUCAAGACUCCCUGCCCCCCUGUGUAGGAUACACCUCUCGCCACUUGGAACACCACCCACGCCCCCCCGGGAGUACAUCAAUUCCCGGGACAGAACACACCAAUCGGUGGGGCUUACUUCCUCUCUUCCGUCGACACAAGUGAGAGGGAAAUAUUGUCGUGUUCUCACACCACGCGUGUGUUGGAGGUCUAUGCUUGGGGAUGAGGAGAGAGCCAACGAGAUCUCUCUCUCUCGGCAACUACUCUCGCCCUUGCGCACCCAAAACUCUCUCACUCCCAAGGAACAAUCGUCGUGGGCCUCAGCCACCACGUCACUCGGCAUGAUUGCCUACCAACGAGAGGAACGAACCGAGCGGGGAGCCCGGCGACAGAAUAACCAAUCAAUCAACUUCCGCUAACCGACAGCAACCACCUGUUUGUUUAGAACAUGAAAUUAAAAAAUAUGAAGAAAAAUACCUCCAGUGCACAAAAUCUAACCACCGCCCCCCCCCCCGUGAAACUCGCAGCCUACUCCUAGCUAAACCAAGAGGCAGGAUGCGAAAUCGUCAUAAGUUGCAGCCCUAUUAUUUCCCGUACCCAUCGGAUAAACUAACUGCGGCCGAAUAUGACAAGACCGCGGAUGACAGCGUUUAGUCUCCAACCUCUCCACCCUACUAAGUUGCAACGACAAAAAGUCCUUUCUGAAAGCGUGCGUGCGCCAAAGGCGAACAAACCUGUGUCAGGAACGAUCGAAAUAAUCAAACCAGCUCUUGGAGCCAAUUUUGUUUAGGCCGGGCCAUUCGAUCGAAUGUCGUCAGCACGAGUUCGGACUACUACCCAAAAUGGCACAAGAAUUUGAACUGCCUUCAAAAUUAUUCCACGAAAAGACCAAGGGAGAAAAACUACACUUUCAUUCUGCUGGCCGGCUGGCUGACCUUGGGGCACCGCGGCAGAAACGACACACGAACGAAGGCGCUAGUACCACCCCCUGUCACCACAGUAAAUACACCACGGAACCCCUGGCUACACCUCGUCCGUGCACUCCGAAGGGCCAUACCAGGCGAGAGUGUUGCAGUGCUUCGCAAGAUACUCCUUGAACUCGGCCGUGGUCUGCGCGUGCAAGUUGUCCAUGAUGAGAAUGGACCUCGCCUUGGGGAGCUCACCCCGCCCGCGCAUCACGCUUUUCUCGGGGGCACCCAGGGGCACGACGCGUGCGUACAAUGCCCACCCUCCCCCU